GCACCGCCGCCGCCGCCGCCGUCCCGGCCCCGCGGCCCCCGGCGUUGCUUCCCGCGUCCCCGGGGCCCAGCGUGAGCCUCUACCUGAGCGAGGACGAGGUGCGCCGGCUCAUCGGUCUUGAUGCAGAACUCUAUUAUGUGAGAAAUGACCUUAUUAGUCACUACGCUCUGUCCUUUAACCUGCUAGUACCCAGUGAAACAAAUUUCCUGCAUUUCACUUGGCAUGCAAAGUCCAAGGUUGAAUAUAAGCUUGGAUUUCAAGUAGACAAUUUUGUGGCUAUGGACAUGCCCCAGGUUAACAUUUCUGUUCAGGGGGAAGUUCCACGCACUUUAUCAGUGUUUCGGGUCGAGCUUUCCUGUACUGGCAAAGUAGAUUCUGAAGUUAUGAUAUUAAUGCAGCUCAACUUGACAGUAAAUUCAUCAAAAAAUUUUACAGUCUUAAAUUUUAAACGAAGGAAAAUGUGCUACAAAAAACUUGAAGAAGUAAAAACUUCAGCAUUGGACAAAAACACUAGCAGAACUAUUUAUGACCCUGUACAUGCAGCUCCAACUACUUCUACGCGCGUGUUUUAUAUCAGCGUAGGGGUUUGUUGUGCAGUGAUUUUUCUUGUAGCAAUAAUUCUAGCUGUUUUGCACCUUCAUAGUAUGAAAAGGAUUGAACUGGAUGACAGCAUCAGUGCCAGCAGUAGUUCCCAAGGGCUGUCCCAGCCGUCUACCCAGACCACUCAGUAUCUGAGAGCCGACACACCCAACAAUGCAACUCCUAUCACCAGCUCCUCAGGUUACCCUUCCUUGCGGAUAGAGAAGAAUGACUUGAGAAGUGUCACUCUUUUGGAGGCCAAAGCCAAAGUGAAGGAUAUAGCAAUAUCUAGGGAGAGGAUAACGCUAAAAGAUGUACUUCAAGAAGGCACCUUUGGGCGUAUUUUCCAUGGGAUUUUAAUAGAUGAAAAAGAUCCAAAUAAAGAAAAGCAAAUAUUUGUAAAAACAGUUAAAGAUCAAGCUUCUGAAAUUCAGGUGACAAUGAUGCUUACUGAAAGUUGUAAGCUGCGAGGCCUUCAUCACAGAAAUCUUCUUCCUAUAACUCAUGUGUGUAUAGAAGAAGGAGAAAAACCCAUGGUGAUAUUGCCUUACAUGAAUUGGGGAAAUCUUAAAUUGUUUUUACGGCAGUGCAAAUUAGUAGAGGCCAAUAAUCCACAGGCAAUUUCUCAGCAAGACCUGGUACACAUGGCUAUUCAGAUUGCCUGUGGAAUGAGCUACCUGGCAAGAAGGGAAGUCAUCCACAAAGACCUGGCUGCUAGGAACUGUGUCAUAGAUGACACGCUUCAAGUGAAGAUCACAGACAAUGCCCUCUCCAGAGACUUGUUCCCCAUGGACUACCACUGUCUAGGGGACAAUGAGAACAGGCCAGUUCGAUGGAUGGCUCUUGAAAGUCUGGUUAAUAAUGAGUUCUCUAGUGCGAGUGAUGUGUGGGCCUUUGGAGUGACGCUGUGGGAACUCAUGACUCUGGGCCAGACACCCUAUGUGGACAUCGACCCCUUUGAGAUGGCCGCAUACCUAAAAGAUGGUUACCGAAUAGCCCAGCCAAUCAACUGCCCUGAUGAACUAUUUGCUGUGAUGGCCUGUUGCUGGGCCUUAGACCCAGAGGAGAGGCCCAAGUUUCAGCAGCUGGUGCAGUGCCUCUCAGAGUUUCAUGCUGCCCUGGGAGCCUAUGUCUGAUCCCUCUCAGUCUCCGCAUCAGAACGCUGUGCUUGCCAUGGAUGCCUUGCGUGUAACACAGCAACAGCAGAAGCACCUUUGUCUUCCAGAGCACCGUGCCUAGGAGCGCUUUAAAACCUGAGCUUUUAAAGACACACUUAACGUGAAGUAUUUUCUAGAUAUCACUUUUAUUAGGUUGAACUGAAAGAGGUUUUAUAAAUUUUUGGCCAAAAAAUUUUAAAACAUUAUUACUUUGGAUUAGGGGAUGCAUUCUUAAAAAAUAAACAGUUUUAAAAAUUGUUUAGACAGAUAUUUGGAGUAGUUAUCUUAGUGCCAACUGUUUUUUAAAAUUUUUACUUCAGUGAGGUCAUACAGAUGGCUCACUUUUAAAGCUGUUUGAAGACUUUUGCCACUGGUCUUGGGAAUGGUUUGUCUUCAAAAUGCAGUACUUUUCUUAGGAAAGGCAAAACAGCAGAAAAGGUGUCUAGUUUGCCUUGUGCAAGGAAAGGCAACAUAAUUGUGGAGAGAAAAAGAAUAGAUUGAAAAAUAAUUUUUUUAAAUGGUUAUUAGAAAUAAUUUUUCUUACGUGGAAAUUGUUUAUUUCUUUCUGUUUUAGUGAAAAGGAGCUCCACUUUCUUGUUCUGAGGGAAAUGGGAGCGAAGUUCAUCAUAUAUUAAUUUUUCAGAAAUAAGCUUUCCCGUGAGCCAGAAGAGGAGGGCCAGAUUUGUAGGAAGUAAUAGCAACUUUAUUUAUUUUUGCUCUCUGGGAAAAGAGAUAAUGCAAUUCCAGAAAGUGAAGUCAUGUUUCUAAGGUUCAGACUCUCUUCCAUAGCACCUAGAAUAGUGCUAUGCACAGAGUGGGUGCUUGAGUUAGGUCUUUUUUUGUUUGUUUGGUUGGUUGGUUGGUUUUGGUUUUAAGUUUAAACUGGUAAAUUUUGUGCUUAUCUUCAAGGCUGGCUUAAGUGUAAAAUUGUUUUUUUUAAGACACUUGAAAAAUUAAAGGACUUGUUUUAUAUUA